CGGCGAGCAGAGACGCGCCUCUCACUCACCCGGAGGGGAGCCCAGGUCCUGCUGCCGCCAGUGGAACACAGGCGAUGGACAUUGAGAAGGUCAACUCCAUGGACUUUGGAGAAUUUGUGGAUGUGUUUGGGAGUGUCAUGGAGAGAUGUCCUCUGAUUGCCCCCGCCGUGUUCUCCCAGCGCCCGUUCUCUGACUUGGAAGAUUUAGAUCAGCACUUUUUUGCCUUUACUGAUGCUCUUCCACAGUCAGGCCAGGAGGGCGUCCUGCGCUGCCACCCGGACCUGGCGGGCCGCGAGCUGCAGCGGGGCGAGCUCAGCGCCGAGUCGCAGCGGGAGCAGAGCGCCGCGGGCCUCACGAGCCUGGGCGCGGCCGAGCGGCUCUGGCUGGCCGAGCUCAACGCUCAGUACCGCGCGCGCUCCGGCUUCCCCUUUGCGCUCGCCGCGCGCCUCAGCAACCGGGCGGCGGUGCCCCGCGAGCGGGCGCGCCGGCUGCACUGCCCACCCGCGCAGGAGCUGAACACCCCACUGGGCGAGGUGAAGAAGAUGGGCCGCCGGCGUCUCGCCGACCUCCUCGGGAGCCAAGCCGCCGAGUCGUAGCGGCCGCGCCAGCCAGCGACCCGGGACGCACGUCGUGACGCGCGAGGGCCGCGGGCGCGCGCGCUGCGCUUGGAACAGCGUCCACACCCGCGCACAAAGGCCGGGGAGAACCGAGGCAGUCUUACGAAUAAUAAGCCCUUUGGUCCAGCUACCCGCAUGCUCACGCUUUGCCGAAAUAGAUAGUUGCGUGCUUUUCGGCCCCCGCUCCCCGCGCCGCUCCCGAUUUAUCCAGCUCCCUGCUCCAAUUCUUCACUCCCUUAGCGGCCCGCUGACACCAGCUUUUGCGGAUUCCAGGGCGCUAAUCGAGCUCUCUCUGGCUCCCCACCCUCUCCUGCAAACCCCAGGCGCAAAGCAAAACAGACGGAAAAGGAAGCUUUUAUUCCUCAGCGGUUUGUCUGUUUCUUUUUUCUUCUCCCACCUUAGUUGCUGCACGCGACAUUUACAUGUGAGUGGAAGCGCCUCUCUGGCUCUGGGACACGAACGGGAGCCAGAGCUGGGACAGCAAAGCGCCGGGGAAGCAGCGUGCGGGGGGACGGCGGGCAGGAGAGAGCCCCGCAGGGGCCGGUAUUGCGGAGGCGCCCCGUGGAGCAGAGAAGGCUGGGAGCGGGGGCUCUCUAGGAUGGACGGGCCUGAAGUUCAGGGCCAGCGGCCUCCCGUCUCUCCCGGGGGUGGGCCCAGGAGAGCUGGUUUGUCAGAGUCCUUGGAAACCAUAA